GAACCAGAGAGCAUUAUGGAAUCUGCAGAAGAGUUCAUUAAUUUUAAUGUUGGUAGCUGGUAUUUCUCAAUUCCCAGAAGUAAAGUCACUCAGUUUCCUGAAUCUCUGUUGUGGAAAGAAGCUUCUGUACAAGAUCAGUCCGAAAAUCUAAGAUUAUUUGUUGACCAAGAUGGUUUUGUAUUUUGUAUGCAGACUUCAAAGUUGCCUUUUUUCAGCUGUGCUGAACUUAAUUUAUUGUAUGAGCAAGCAUUGAUUUCGCAGCUGACGCCUUUAUUACAGAUAAAGUGGGAUAUUCUAAAUCACUUGAAAGAGGAGAAAUAGAAUUUACAUGUCCAGCCUGCAGGUACACCAGUAGCAGAAAGAACAUCUCUGCAUUACUGGAGAACACAAAAAUGUAUCAAGCCAUCAGAGGUUCCUCCUAACAGUCCAACAUUCACAGCUAAGUGGUUACAUGAGAGAGCUCCCCCAGAGCUAGUGGAUACACCUUUACUAGAUACAGAAGACAACAUGAACUACCGUUUUUUGCCACUAGAUUUGGUGGAAAAAUACCCUAUACUAGUAAACGAUGACAAUUUGUUGUGGCUGCUUGAGAACACAGCCUUGACAGAGCACAAGCACAGUGAGCUUUGCUUCAUAGUCAAUUUUCUUCAGUUAGAGAAGAUGUUGCCUGAUGACUUCUCCAACAUAGAUGCCUUGAAGGAAGAAGUUUUAAUUCAGGGAAUUCCUGAGCUUAUAGAUGCUAUGAAGAUCUAUAAAGAUGGACACUCUGCGGUGUCCCCCACCAUGGCAGGGGCCAGGGGGAGGCAGGGGGCGGUGGUGUCCCCACCGCAGUCCCUGCUUUACCCCAUGGCGCUGGGGCUGCUGGCCAACUGCCCUGAUUUCUCUCUGGGACAGCUCUACAUGGGCAGCGACCUGGGCAGGAGCCACCUGCACGUCUCCAGCAAUGGUGUCCUCUUCCAUCAUGCCAGGAACUGGCUGGGAACUUGCCAACUUCCUCCCACUGAAAAUCUUUCUGAAAUCCAAGAGCUCUGUGCUUGUUGCAAAAGGGACACCAUGUGCGAGCCAAUGAAAGAUGCUUUAAGAUGCUACCUGAAACACCAGAAGCCAGCAGAGAGCAGAGACUAUAACUGGGCAGCAAAGGUCUCCGCGUGCUCACCGCAUCAGAUGGUGAGGGUUUAUGUAGGAAGUAACUGGUACGAAACUUUCUUACAGUCUUUACUGAAGUACCCAGAGCUGUUGUCAAAUGACAAGAAAGUCUGUUGGAACUAUUGUCAAAGUCUUCUAAUCCAUGGAGGUGGGCAAAUGUUUCGACAUGUUCUCAACUUUCUAAGACUUGGGAAAUUGCUUUCACCAGCUGAAUUUAAAGAAUGGCCUCUCUUUUGUCAAGAAGCAGAGGAGUACCAGAUCCCUUCUCUUUUAGAGGCCCUUUAUUGCUUCAAUGCAUACUGCACCUCUUCAGAAAUUCUCGUCACAGGGAUAAAGCGUGGGAAUACAUGUGGAGGAUACGACGUACCCUCGGGCAGCCUGGUAAACUCCAGCUAUUACAAACGCUUGGUAAGCCCUCCAAGGAAGAGAGGAAUGAGAAUCAGUUUAGCAAAGAAAGUGGAAAGUAAGGACUUGGCAAGUCACAUCCAGAAGUUAAUUUCCCUGGUAAGAUGCUUUCCCAGUGAAGGAAGAGAGAACACCUUGCAAAUGAAACUCAUCACUCUGAAAGACGGCAGUGAUGACUUUUGCACAAGCAGCAAAGAGAGCAUUGUUUGCAGCACUCUGCUGGACGCACCCAGCUGGGUGCUCCAAAGGUUCCAGCACUCUCCAAAGGCAAUUGUGUUCUUUCAACUGUUCCUUGUAGAUAGAGUUUUUCUUACUUUUGCUCUGUCGCACAAGGAAAUAUUCUAUGCAGAGUGCCACUUUUUCCUGACCAAUGGCAUCCUGGACUCAGUAGGGCAGAAGGAUCCCAAAGAAAUCACAGCCAAAGUCGGGACCCUUGUGAACGGGCUUUGGUUCACCCUGCUGCUGGCAUGGAAGUACAGCCACUGCCUCGACUCGCUGCUCCGGAGGGGGUUUGCUAGAUUCGUCCACUGCUUUGCUUGGAAAUGUGAAUCAAAGCCUCAGAGACCCAUCAGGAAUGUGGGUGGAAAACUUCUCAUUGAGAAGCAGAGGGUGAGGUUCUCCUGA